AUGCUUUCCCAUCUGCGGUUCCAUCGACGGGGGCAAUCGAAUCCCACUUCGCCCAACCCUGAGCAGUCUUCUGCGCCCGCCCCGUGGGACCCCUCGCUUCCCCAGAAGUCUCCCUUCGUUCAAGAUGCCGCUUUAAGCCCAGACGCCCGGUCGCCUGCCGCCCCGACCAAUUCCUCGCUGCCUCCAACACUGCCGCCCAUCACCCGCGUCACCUCCUCCGGCUCCGAGUCGCCCUCGCCUCUUGACAGACCCUCCGUCGACCCCAAGUUGACGUUGGAGACAUAUGCUCAGAAGCAGCAGCCUGCGCCUCCCCCGGUGCGCUCUCCGAACAAUUCCCAGUCUGGCUUCGUCGGUGGUGUCGCCUUGCGCAAGCAGCUCGACCAGCGCCAGCUCCUGCAGCUCCAGAAACUCCAGCAGCAGCAACAACAACACGAACAACAAUUACAACAACAAAUGGCGGCGCUUUCGCCCGAUCCGGCGGCCAAUACUGCCUUCGACUAUGCCAGCCACGAAACUCAAUUCUCAAAGUCGAAGCCCGCACCGCCCCCGCCGAUAAAUACGGCCCCUCCAACGAGACCCCCACCACAACCCACGAAGUCUUCAAAACACAGCAGCUCCUUCGCGACGCCCACCGACCUGCACCAACAUCACCUCAGCCCGAGUCAAUCGCAGCCUCCCGCCCCGAACUAUGCUGCGACUGGACGAAGACCCGCAGGAACGAGACUAUCGAGCGAGCCGACCAACGUCCGAAUGGCUAAGGACAGCACCGAAGCCCCCAAGGGCAGGAAAGGCCUGCCUUUCCUGAAGAACCCGAUGUCGACACUGCUUAUGAGGAGGAAAACAAGCCAGAAUGCGCCUGAUCUGUCGCCCCUACCUCUUGGAGGGAACAGGCUGGGAGAGCCGUCCUACGACCCGCGCAUUAGAGGCACACGAGUUCACGACUUCAGCGCCCCGCGAACGAGGAGAAGCGUUAUGAACGACUCGUCCAACGCUGCGGCGGGCGCAAAGCCACAGCCUUCUAUACCUGAAGAGAAGCUGGACUUGGGCAAGACUUCAUCCAGGGAAAGCGCAGCACCAUCUUCAUUCCAGGGUAGGAAUAUUAGCAGUGCGUCUGAAUCUGGUCGGUCUGGCUCCGUCAGCGUCAUCUCCCAGACAGUUGCAGGGUCGAGCAGCGUCGCAUCCACAAAGGCAAGGAGUAGCAUGAACCUCGACUCCAAGCCUCUGCCCGAUGUCCCGCCUAAGGACUCGACGGCAUCGUCAUCGCGGUCUGCUUCUGUUGUCUCAAAGAAGCCGUCCGUCAGCGCUGCAUCCAUUCUGUCCAAGACAUUGCCCUCCACCAGAACGGGUCGCUCAAGAGGCGCCUCCCUGUCUGGUCAGGAUGUGCUCUCCUCCGUGCCCCGCCACAUGAAAAGUACGUCUUCUAGGUUCAGCUUCGAUAUGGUCGGUGCCGCAAAAGCGGAAAAGUUGCUCGAGGAACGCCACCGCCAGCGAGAGCUGGAGAGGAAAACGUCUGAUCCUACUCCCAACCCGAACCGCGAUUCCAGGUUUGACGAUUUUGACGACGAGUUCGAUUACGACGCUAUGAUGGACGACGAUGGCAUGGAGGAGGAGAUACCCAUGAGCAACGAUUUCGACGACUACGAAGAGGACUUUGACGCAGGUGGCACAGAUCCCUUGGGUCUUGACGGCGAGGAGGACUUUGAUGCGGGCGGGACUGAUCCGUUGGGUCUCGAUGUCGUGCCAGAGGUCGAAGUUGAGAUGGACGAGGAAGACGAAAAUGACCCGGAUAACGACCAGGAGAACUUCGCAGGCUUCGUCUUCCAGCGUUCAAAUCCUGCAUCUGCGCUGACUAGCCCACACAGUGCUGGUUUGGCCUUGACACCAAGAGAUGCUGAUGGGAGGGUCAUUGGCUUCGCGCUCUCAAAGGACACGCCGGACCUGAAUCCUUCGUUGUCUCCCGGCUACUACCCUGGCCAAAGCAUGGACUCACAGAUGUCAGAAGCGGCAGAUGGACUUGCUAUUCAGGGAUUGAACAUUAGCAGCAAGCCUCAAGAAGAGCAGCCGGAAGAACAGCAGGGUGCGCAGCUGGAUCAGAAGCCACAGGAAGCGCCACAGAACAAUCAAUGGUUAGCACCUGCGAUGCCCCCACCACCGCCGCCGCCGCUGCCCAAAAAGGAUGACCUUUACUUCGAUAAUGGUCUCUUGGACGAGCUUGACUUUGCUGGCGAGGGCGAUGGCUCCACAUUCGACGAGUCGAUUUUUGACUUGGACGACACAGAUCAGUACGGCCGGCCUCUCCCCGGCGUAUUCGCCAAGUUCCAGGCUGCUCGAGCUGCGUCCAACGCCACUGCUGCUCAAGAAAGCGUAGCCCAGGAUCCCGCCGCGGAAACCGAUACUGCUCAAGAAGAUGCUGUCCAGGACACCAACGGUCAAGAAGGUGCUGCUCCUCAAAGCAGCAAGAGGGUGUCGGACAGCACUUCCAGGCUCUCCGCUCAGUCCAAUGCAACAGCAUCGACUGCCCACACGUCUCUGAGUGUGGGCAUGCCAGCUCCGUCCACCGAGGAGUCGAAGAGACAAAGCGAAAACCUGGGUCAGGAGGAAUCGUCCUCCGCCAUGACGUCGAGCUUUUCAAACGUGGAGCAGGGCAAAAUGGAGGCUUAUCAGGCCGCCCUUGCUGCAGCUGCAUGCGAAGCUGCCGCUAAUGGAAAGUUCCGACGGGACUCUUCGCCGCCUCCUAGCGAGAUCAUGUCGCCUGGGGCAGAGUCGUCCAGCCUGCCUCCCCAAGACGACUACCCCUUUGAUGACGACGAUGACAACGGCUUCCGCGAAGACCUCGAUGACUACGACGUUGACUACGACGACUUUAUCGCAGAGGCAAAUGCUAGUGCCCUUGCCAACGAUCAGGACGGCUGGUACGGUCAAGAAUUCGGGUUUUACUCGGCGCCGAUUGAGGGCCGUCACAGCAGAGACAACUCGACCGGGUCGGACGAGAAGCCGUUUGAGUACGCGAACGGUGGCUUCUUUGGGCCCUCGGGUGUUGGUCGGAGCAAGUCUGGCCGCAUGAUCUCGCGGGAGCCGAAUUUGACGCCCAUCACUGAACGAUCCGAAUACUCCAACCGCAACUCGAUUAUGAGUCUAGGCAUCCCACCAGGCAUCGGCUCUGGGCCUUCCAGUCUGCAAAGUCCGGGACUGGCGCAGCUCGUGAUGAUGGCUGAUGGCGAGGAUAAUAUGAGUCUUACGGCCCUGAUGAAGUUGCGUUCAAGGGCUUGGGGUGGAUCGCAGGCCAGCUUGGUCUCAAGCCGCGAGGGCUCUCCUAGAUCUGAGAGAGGGGACGGCGCGAGCUCACCGUGGGGCCCGGCUCCAAGCCGCGAUAUCUUGGGCAUCCACAAUGGCCACGUCCGCAAGAACUCGGCCUUUUCGAUCAGGAGCCGUGACAUGGACUCGGACGCGGGCAGCGGUGCUGGCUCGCCCACGCUUACCAUGUCCAUGCCCACCCUAAGCUCUCCGACUCCUCCGAUGCCUUCCCUGAACCCCGCUAGCCCGGCCGUCGCCGUGAAUUCGCCCCAUUUCACCCACAGUUCUGCGUUCGAGCCGGUGAUGGAGUCGGAAGAGGUGGAUGAGCUGUCAAUCUCAAACUCCAUCUCUCACUCGGGGUUGUGGAUGAAGAGCCCCGACACCGCGAUGCACCCCAACUUGGUGCCCCGAACUGAUCCCACGCCCCAGCGCAGGCCCGGCAUGGGUCACAAGCACAAGGGAUCCGCUGAUAGCAUUUCUUACAUAAAAGAGGAAGAUGAAGGCGAAACAAGAUGGGUGUUGGAGCGACGCUUCACCGCCGACAGCGGAGAGGUCGAAGUCCAGCGAGAGGUUGUUGGCAAAGGCCACAUCUAG